AUGUCUAAUGUUAGAAAUUGGCUGAUUCUAUCUUCCUUCAUGGUUGUUUUGAUGGUUUUUUGGGGUGGUCUUACUAGAUUGACGCAUUCGGGUUUGUCUAUAACUGAUUGGCUUGUAUUAAUGAUAUGCAUGCAAGGGUUUUUUGGUUGGUAUAUGGUUAAAAGCGGUCUUUCUGAUGUUCCUUAUGUUAGCCACUAUAAACUAGCAUUGCAUCUAAUGACAGCUCUUU